AUGCCCAUACCCGAACCGUGCCCCACCCGAUCACCCGAAACCGACCCGAACCUACAUAAAAACCUACCUGGACCCGAUCCACUUUUUGACCCACCUCUCUACCUCCUUGACUGCUUAGCUCUCACCCGGAUGGAAUUAUUACUACCUACCAGCAAUAACCAUUACUCUUGGCUCAAUCAUGUCAAUGAAUCAGUUUACAUCUUACCUAAUACCAGCAUAUCCGCCUUUACCACCAGCGAUCCCGAAACUUGGUUCUUGCCUGAAGAGUUACAUGAUGAUGAUGAUGACAUGCAGGUAGACACUGGCAAUGCUGAUAGCCCAUUUGAGGUCGAAGACCAUUAUGACCUCCCAAUCCGACAACUGCCACCACCCUUUUAUGAUCAACCUUCGGGAGCACACUUCGAGCCACAACAUGAGUACCAGUCUUACCAACAACACAACGAGCCAGGACUCGAGUUUCCUCUUGAUAUAUACAAUCAACUUGCUGCCUUGCGCCUCCAGGGCAACCGGAAUACAGCAGCCAUUCGGCACAUCGAGGAGCAGCAAGCUCGCGCCAACAACUACAUGGAGGAUCUUUGGCAUCAUUUUCAGCCUGAAGGCGGUUACCGUCCUCGCGGGCCUCCUCCACCUUGA